UUCAUAAGACCAUGUGGGAAGGAAGUUGCUCUAUGGCUUUUGACUCGCAACGAGACAAGUAAUAAGUGGCAUCUAUGUGGCGUUCGCUUAUAAAUAUUACUGGUUGAGUUACCAUCCGGAAGUACUGGAUGGGUGGUGGUGGUGACCCCGUUUUUAAACACAAACAAUUAUUUAGGUGGUGUUUGUUUUUCUAAAAAAGAUCUGCGCAGAUAUUGCCAUCUGCAAAGUGUUUGUUCUGUUUGUUUUUUCGAAGACGUUUCUUUAAAAAACGUCUGCCCGGGCUCUUCUUGGUGCAAACUUGGCCCGACCACUUUUAAGAUCUUGUAACGUCUGCAGAGGGUUAAACUCCACUACCCACCACCACCGUCCACCACAACCACCACCCACCGCCACCAGUUUAUUUUAGAAGUUUACAUACGUUAAAAAACAAACAGCCUUCUUCUUGCAGACUGCAAAGGUUUGGUCCAACCUUUUCUUCUAGAGAUGUGGUCCGCAGACUGCAGACAUUUUACCUCUUAAAAACAAACUGCACCUAAGGUGGAUGUAACAUUGGAGAGAAAAUGAGUGUGUUUAAAAUAUGAGUGGAAAUCUAAUUUGGCAGCUGACAUGUCGCGUUUAAAAGUGGAUGCAUCGGAGAUGCUCACUUCAUAUAUGCAUUACUAAAAUAGUUGCUCUAUGGAUUUUGAGUUUUGGCCAGAACUAUCACAGACGGUGAAAAAUGGACAACCCUAAAUGUUUUGAGGGCGUUAAAGUGGAAUUCUACAUAAAUGCUUUCAUACAUCAAUCGACCAUGCUUUGUCCACUUUAUCUAAUAUUCGUUAUCUUCUUCUGGUAUUCUUUAAUGUUGCUUCAGGACAUCAAUUGACCAUGCUUUGUCCACUUUAUCUAAUGAAGAAGCUUGUCGCCGACCGUGUAUAUAUAAAGACUUCACGUGGGCUGUCAAUACGUGCGUUUAUUGGCAGCCCAAAGUCCGAAAACCCGCUGCAGAUACUUUGCAUCGCUUGAUUCCAAGAUUAUGGGAUCGUUGUCUGGUAUUUUUCAAAGACCGGUCGUUGCAGCCUCUGCUGUUGCGUUAGCAUCUGUGUCUGCUGAUCUUCGUGACAAAAUAUGGCCAUCCAACCCAUUGGAAGCAUGUCUUUCAUCAGAACAAUCAAGCGGAUGUACAUCAAAUUUAAUAAGCGAAACAAAGUGGGCCCGUGUCUCUGAUAUUAGUUUCUCUGAAUCUUUCGCAACAAAAAGCCUGAUACCUAUUCCAAAUUUUCGACAUCCAAUGAAACAUGUUGGCAACAAUUGUCUUUCAAACAACAUGGCUUGUUAUGUUCCAUCUUUAGAGCAUUUCCUCAACGUAUAUCAGUCAGCUGAGCUGGCAAAAGCUCCGAAACCAAUAGAUUAUUCUUCUAGCGUACCUACUGUAACGUCUACAGACAUUGUGUACAGAUGGCAUUUACCGCAGCCUAAUGCCGUUGAUUUAUCCAAAAACUCUAAGAUGGUGGUGGUUUUGCUUGGAUGGUUAGGUGCUAAACAAAAACAUCUUAAGAAAUAUGCUGAUUGGUAUACCUCAAAAGGGUUUCAUGUAAUUACGUUCACGUUCCCAAUGGCGGAGAUUUUAAGUUAUCAAGUUGGAGGGAAAGCCGAAGAGUAUGUAGAUAUGCUUGUGAACCAUCUUGCAGAAUGGUUGGAAGAAGAGUGUACAAAGAAUUUGGUUUUUCACACGUUUAGCAACACCGGUUGGCUAAUUUAUGGAGCGAUGCUGGAGAAGUUUCAGAGACAAGACGAUACUCUAAUGGAAAGGAUCAAGGGAUGUAUUGUGGAUUCCGCACCCGUUGCAGCCCCGGACCCACAGGUUUGGGCUUCGGGAUUCUCUGCCGCUUUUCUGAAGAAGAACAGUAUUGCAGCGAAAGGAAACAGAAGUACAGACGAUAUUUCUGCCAAACCGACAAUGAAGGAAGCCGCUUUGCUUGUGAUUUUGGAGAAGUUCUUUCACGUGGUUCUAAAUCUGCCCGCAGUUAACAAGAGGCUUUCAAAUGUACUAGUGCAACUAAAAUCAGGACAGCCAAGCUGUCCACAGUUAUACAUCUAUAGCAGUGCGGAUAAAGUCAUUCCUGCAGGAUCCGUGGAGUCUUUCAUAGAGGUGCAGCAGAGAAUGGGGCGUGUGGUGAGAUCAUGCAACUUUAAAUCAACACCACAUGUUGAUCAUUUUAGACAUGAACCCGAGUUGUACACUACUCAGCUCUCGCAGUUCCUCAACGACUGUGUGCUUGAUUCUUGCAGACGUGAUUGAAAUACCGAUGACGCCUGCUAUUUGACUACAACACUGAUUCUUUUAUUCUACAUUUUUACAUUGAUGACGGUCUGACAUAUUUUUUGGGGUUGAAUAUACACGGUGGAGGAUAGGUUUCAUGUUUUUUAACACUUGUGAUUCAAAUUCUUUAUGUUUUUUGGUUACCCGAAAUAUAUGGAAUUAUGAAGUUGAUAUGA